AGAAAAAUGUUUUUAUCUUUGUGUAACGUUUCCUGUUUACGCGUGGUUUGUCUUUACUUUUCUGUUUUGGUAUAUAAGGAAGGCACUUUUAAUGCAGUACUGCAGAAACGUUUAUAUUUCACUGUUUUUCAGAGCUUAAAUUAUUAAAAGGACACUUUAAAUACUGUAUUAGCGUAUGUUCUGCAAACAGAAAAAGACUUGGCCCACCCUGUACAGCGGCUUUCACUAUUAACAAAAGGCAUUAAAUAGAGGAAGUGAGAGGAAGUUGUAUGCACACUGUAGCAGGCAAGUUGAAGAAGAAAAUACAUUAUCACCUUCAUCAGUUUGUCUAUAAAAGAUUGUGCUCUCAGGCUUGCAUGGAUGGGCAUGCAAAUUUCACAAGAUUUUAAGUCAGCUGUGAAAACUUCCUUUUUUUAAAUCUUACUCUUACUUUAGGAGGGAUGGUGUGUGCUGCAGGCUGCUAUAAGUGGAUCCUCUGAGAUAUCAAGCUUGAGUGCCUCACAAAAAUGAAUGCUCUGACAGUCGGGUGGUUUGUAAUUCUGGCCCUCAUAAAAGAUUGUUCUUGUGCCCAACCAUUCUUCACAACAGAGGUUACUGCUGUGACUGGUAACGAGGGGUCCUGCGUUGAAAUAAAAUGCAAAGUCUCUCAGAAAAUUAAGACUGAUGGAGCAUACUGGUUUUGGAUAAAGAAUUCAACUUGGUCUGACAAAGAUGGAUUGUUGGGCACUGUCAUUUACAGCACAAAUUACACAGAACGUCCUGUCAAUUCAGACUUUGAAGGCAGAGUGAAAUAUACCGGCUCUCCACCUUCAAGUUGGAGGGAUGUAUACCCACCAAAGUCCUGCAAUAUUUUAAUCUGUAACCUGAGCAAAACUGACAAUGGAGAUUAUCUUUUCAGAUUUGUAGGAAAAGAAGUCAAAAAUAAAUGGAAAACUGAUCCACCAGUGAUCCUUACUGUUAUAGAAAAUCCAUGCCCACUCACUUUCAAGAAACCACCCAUUCUAAACGAAUCGGACAUUAUAACGCUCACAUGCUCUACUUCAAGUUCGUGUCCUUCCAACCCAGAAAUUGAAGGUUUGACACAGCUGACGCCAACUCUGACCUCAAAGCCUCAGCAAAUAGAGGAAAAGCAGAAAAGCACCACAGUCAGGUUUCCAGUCGACUGGCAGGAUGAUGGGAAGACGUUUUCAUGCAAAGUACUAGAUGACAAAUAUUUGAUUCAAAAUAUCAGUAUAACUGUUGAAUAUGGUCCCAGAGAAACACAGGCUAACAAAAGCCUUAAUACUGUUGUUGAAAAUAAAACUGUGACACUCACUUGCUCCGCAAAAGGACGUCCUGACCCCACAUUCAUCUGGUUUAAAAACGAACAAAAGGAAAUGACAACAGGGGCAGUAUUGGAGAUCCCAUCAAUUAAGGAGUCACAGGGGGGAGAAUACCAUUGUGAGGCUCAAAAUACACAUGGCAAACAAAAAUCAAAACCAGUUAAUAUAAAUGUUGAAUAUCUGCCUGAGAUUGAAAAGGUUUCAGCUCCUUCUGUAGUUAAACAAGGAGAUAAAAUGACUUUGACAUGUAACGUGAAAAGAAGCAACCCACAACCUACAACCUAUUGGUGGUUUCUGAAUGGGACAAGUAUUAAUCAAACGAAGACUCACCAUUAUGUUGUUGAAAGAAUCAAGCCUGAGGACAGAGGCCUCUACAGAUGUAAAGCCACUAACACCGUCGGUACUGGAGAAAUAUCCCCACCUUGUCAUAUUGACGUUCAAUAUGGCCCGAGGAAGACGAACAUAUCCAUGGGUAAAGAGGAUAACAGAGUGAAAGUUGGUGAAUCUUUAACAUUCACCUGUAUCACUGAUGCCAAUCCUGCCGCUGAGAUGUACUCCUGGUACCGCUUCAACACAAAUAAACAGACUGACUCCUUACAGUGGAAGUCCAACACAACUUAUGACAGUACUCUGUAUUUGGGCAAUGUACAAAGAGCUGAUGAAGCAUAUUACAUGUGCAACGCAACCAACCGCAUCAGUACAGGGAAGAAUAGUGAGCAAGUGUAUAUACAAGUACUCUAUCCUCCCACCAUACCCAACCUGUCUAUGGACACUGAGGUCAAGGAAGGUCAGCUCAUCACCAUCACCUGCACUGUGGAGAGCUUCCCACUGUCAGAGCUCACCCUUACAAGGACUUCCUCAUCAAAUCCUCAGCGUCCAGAAGUGUUUGUCACUCAACUUGAUGAUUCACACCCCAACACUCUCAAUCACACAUUUAAUGUAACUUCAGCCCACACAGGCUCUUACGUCUGCGAAGCCAAGAGCAGUGAAGGUUUAAAUAGGAGCGAAACACGGACGUUGGUGGUGAAAUAUCAUCCCAAAAACGUGACCGUACAAGCUACGCCCGACUUUGUUGUGGAUGAAAACAGGACGUUGACGCUGCAGUGCAGUGCCCAUUCUCAACCACAAGUGACCUCCAUCACCUGGAUGAAGAUGGUCAAUGGAAAGAAUGUAGUCAUUCGGAAGACGCGUUCCUUUGACUUAAAGUCUGUCAGUCCCUCUGACAGAGGGUGGUACAGCUGUGCAGCCAGUAAUGAGAUUGGAACUGGAAAAUCACAGCAAGCUGAGGUUAAAGUCAGAUAUCCUCCAAAACACACAAAGAUCACAAGAGCAGCAGAGCAGCAGGACAGUGACGGGACGAGCUCUGUGACACUGAGCUGCAGCAGUGACAGCUAUCCUGAGAUCAAACAGUACUUUUGGUACAAGAUAAACAAGAACAAAAAGGAUGAAAAGGUCUCUGAACGUCAGAAUUUCACAGUGUAUUCAGAUCAACCGGGAAGCUACUACUGCAUCGCCAAAAAUGAAGUCUAUGAAAGAUUGUCCAGCCCGGUCCACAUGUUUGACCGAAGCCUUUUGAAGGCCGUGCUCAUCGUCAUUGUUCUUCUUAUUCUGCUCAUCUUUGUGAUUGUCUUUUUCUACAGACACAGGAGGCGGAAAUCAGUUCAGCAAAGAGCUAAGAACACACCGCCCUGUUUUGGUUUGCUGGGUUUUGGGAAUGGCGCCAAGAGGAGGAAUCAGAUGAACCAUCCCGGCACGGCAGAGCCUUUCAGGAGCAGAGAUGACCUCUUGCCAGACCAGCCACGAUGCCAGCCUCCUCCAGACAGCACGCCUGCGUCUAACAUCAGCACUGUUUACUGUACUGUGAAUCUGCCUCCAGGAAAACAAGGUCCUUCUGCACCAAAGCCAGUCAGACAGCAAGGUGGACAAACACAGGAUGAUUCUCUCAACUACGCGUCAUUAUACUUUGGAAAUGAGCAAAAGAACAAACAGGCAAAAGCAGCAGAGGAUGUGUAUGCCAUGGUGUCAAAGCACAAGCCACCUAAAAAGAUUGAAGAAAAGCUGGAGGACUAUGAGAAUGUCAACGCAGCACGCACAGCCAAAGCUCCAGAUCCACUGGCUUAUGACACAGACACCAGUGAGGAUGAAGUAGAGCUCAAUUACUCACAGGUGAACUUCACGGCAAAGCCUGGACAUCAGAGAGCCAGACGAGACUCGAGCAGCUCUGAUGAAGACAAGACGCAGUACUCUGAGGUCAAACUCUGAGUUUACAUACUCUUACUUUACAAGCACAGCCAAUUUCUUAUUCGGGUUUUACCACUCUAUUGUUUUUUCACUCCAAAUAUAUCAUUCUUUGCUUUUAUGAGCAUUCAGUAACAAGCACCAAACAGACUUCAGCAGAUGUACAUAUUUAUAUGGCUUUAACCCUUAGAUGCAUGACCUACCAAUACCUACACUCUUCCAUAAGUGGGGUCAAAAAUGACCCCAGUUAGAAUCAAUGCAUUUUAUGUGAUAAACUUAAGCAGUUUCUUUCAUUUUGGUUAAAGAUGAUGAUUUGUAUUAUAUUUUGGUCAACAAAAGAAUAAUUUCAUGUUUGACGUGUUCAUUUAUCACUUUUUAUUAACAUUUUAACAACUAACGACAUCACUGAAUAAUCAAUAAUAGUAUAAUAGGCUACCUAACGGGUUAGAUUUUAUUACAAGCAAGCUAUAAAUAUCAUAGUAAGUCUGCUUAUCUCUACAAAACAAAUGCAGUAAUGUAGCUAACCACACACACUCACAAACACACACUCACACACUCACACACACAAAUGACAUCAUUGAAUAAUCAAUAAUAGCAUAAUAGACCUAACAUGCACGCACGCACACACACACACUAAUGGUUAGAUUUUAUUACAAGGAAGCUAUAAAUAUCAUAGUAAGGCUGCUUAUCUCUACACAACAAAUGCAGUAAUGUUAGUACUGUAAUGUUAGCUAGCUAACAUUACAGUACUAACAUUACACAGUAGUUAGCUAACUAGUAACUAUAUUGUAGUUAGCUAACACUAGCUAAGUUAAGUAAGCUAGUGUCAGCUAACCACAAAGUAGGCUAAUUUGAUGACAAUAAUACUAUACUUUAUCACAUAAAAGUCAUGCAUGUGGAAAAAUAAGUUCAUAUUUUAUACCAUCAUAUGUAUUCCAAGAUAUAAAACAAAUAUAAUACUAACAUAUAUGUUGCUGUAUAAAAAUCCUCCUGGGUGGUGAGACUGCUGGCAUUAGAUGUUUAAGUGCGACAGUAAAUGUAUACCUGACAGUCACAGUUGAUAAGAAUCAAAAAUUCCUAGGUCUAACCCUUGAUAUUCCAUCCAUCCAUCAUCCAGGAAAUGCUUGGGGUCAUGUUUUGACCCCACUUAUGGAAGAGAGGGGUAGUGAUACAAAAACAAUAAUUUCUUAAAAUGUAUAUAAUUUUUUUUAAAAAUGCAAAUGACCUCAUGUCAAAAACAUGUUUUAUGAGGAAUACCUGGAAUAUGAAAUGAUAAAAACUUUUAAUUCCAUAGAUAUUGAAGAAAAACAACCCCUGGGGUCAUUUUUGACCCCACUUAUGCAUCUAAGGGUUAAUACUGUUAUGCUGUGCAGGAUUUCUUUACUGAGGCUUAUUUCUGAAACAUACGUGUUAAAACAAUGUGUCAUAUGAAUAAUGUACCGUUUCAUAACAGGCUUUGAGUUCCGCUUUUGUUUAUAAUUAUGUAACUGCCAACCAAAGAGCAGAAACAAUGUCUUUCUUUGUUUUUUUUUAAUGCAAGCACAAACAUUUUAAAAUGUCCAGUGUGUGAGAUUUAGGGGCAUCUAUAGGCGGAAAUGGUAAAUAAUAUUCAUAACUACGUAUUCAUUAGUUUUAUAAUCACCUGACAAAUAAGAAUCAUUGUGUUUUUGUUGCCUCACAAUGAGCUGUUUAUGUCUACAUACAGACAGAGCAGGUCCUCAUCCUCAAAGUUUGCCAUGUUGUUCUAAAGUAGCCCAGAACAGACAAAUAAAAAAAUCUAGAUAGGACCAUUUGUGUUACUGUGCUUGGCACACAGGAGAAAUUUCAGUUCUGCAACAUCUGCUAGAUGCCACUAAAUCCUACAUACCAGAACUUUAACACAAAAAAAUACAAAAUGAAUAAAAUAAGUCAGACAAAGUGUGUAACUGCUUCUUUCCUCUGCAGAAAGGUUUAUAAUGAUAAUUUAACAAGGUUAGCAUUGAAAUAUUAAAUAUCAACAAUAAUUAAAUGUAGCAGCAUUUUUCUAUAGUAUUGAACCACAUAGAAGAAUAAAAGUUGUGAGUUUAAAGGGAGAAUUUGCUGUAAUGGUUGAUUGUGGGG